AUGUCUUCCGCAACAUCUGAAGACGCGAUGAUGCUGGACGCCCCAAGCACUCCCACCCCGGGCAGUGCCGUCGCAUGCACUCCCACGCCACGCCGCUCCCGUGGCAAAGAGCUCGUACUUUCCACUCAGAUCUCAGGUACUGAGCUCAAGAAGCUCAAAGCUCGCGAGCGCGCCUUGGUGAACAAGUUUAACGACGUCAAUGAGGCCAUCGUCAACAAGCUGGAGGAAGCGGACCCUGGAAUCGUCCUCGAGGUCUACUUCAACUCCGCGACUCAGUCUGCUGAUCUGGGCAAGGACUUUCAGUUCGGCCAACUUCUCAAGCUCCGCUCUGACAACCCGUUCAGAUUGAUGGGAAUGGUCAACAUGGGCCAGACCAAUCACUCGGGCCUCGUGGCAAUCAUCGUCAAGCAGACCCUCCCAUUCGAGUUCAUGAAGCUGCCGAAGCACACCCGUGAGCGAAUCUACACCCAUAUCUUCUGCGAUGAAGGCAAGACUAUCCGAGUCAAGACUAGGGGUGGAACGCACAAGUCGAGCUUCGCUCCGGCUUAUACUGGCUUGAACCGUUUGGCUAUCCUCUCCCUCAACCGCGAGGUCCGCGAAGAGGCUCUCCCUAUCCUCUUCAAUCAGAAGUUCAUCAUGGAGACUACUUACAGCCUGCAGAACUUCUUAUUGCAGAUCGAUGUUGGCAGGAAGUACAUUACCAAGAUCAUCGUCGAGAUGUACGAGCGGAAGACGGCGCAGCCAGCAUUUCAGCUGCUAAUUGGCUGCAAGCAACUCAAGAAGCUUCGAUUCGACCACGUAUCUAGCAACUCCCAGGUUCCCCAAGCCCUCAAAGUCAUCUGGUCCGAUGCUGGUAAUUGGCUCACUAGCUUCAACAACCCCGGCCCCUAUAGGAAGGACGCGGCUGCUGUCAUGGAGAUCCUCUCUUUCGGCAGCAACUCUUUCCACAGCAAGGUCAUAGACAAGAAGACUGGUGAGCCCAACGUCAAGAAGUGGGGAUAUGUUGAGCACGGCAGCCUCAUCGCGGGACUCAAGAAGAAACUUACGGAGGCCAACCGUAAGACCGACCUUGAGAUUGCUCGUCGCUGA